ACCUCUUAUCUAUGGGUCAGUUUAUCAGUGUUUGGUGUGGUGCCAGCUCAACCAACAUUCCUCAAACUCAUUAAGCCGAUAUGGUGCUGAUUCUGUAUCAUUUGGACCCAAGUCCUCCUGUGCGGUCCGUAGAUCUGCUGAUACACACCCUAGGACUCAAGGCUCAAUACAAGACUGUCAAUCUGUUUCAUAAGGACCAAUUAAAGCCCGAGUUCUUGAAGCUAAAUCCUCUUCACACUAUUCCAGUCAUUGAUGAUGAUGGAUUCAUACUUUGGGAGAGCCGAGCAAUCCUUACCUACCUGGUCUCCAAGUAUGGCAAAGACGAUUCUCUCUACCCGAAAGAUUUGCAGAAAAGAGCACUUGUUGAUCAACGACUUCACUACAGUAAUGAUGUGUUCUACAUUUUCAUACAGAUUAUUAAAAGAAUUCUGUACUCUGAAGCCACUACGAUCUUGGAUGAGCAGCUGGAAAAGGUAAAACAAACUCAGGAAAACAUUGAGAAACUUCUGGAGGGACAAGCAUUCAUUGCUGGGGACUCCCUCACUGUUGCAGACUUCAGCUAUGUGACUCUUGUUGACAUUUUAGAGGUCUAUCGCCCUACAGGAGACAAGUUUCCAUUAACUAAAGCUUGGUUUCAGCGAUGUAAAUCUACAAUCAAGGACUUUGAUCAAAUCAACAAAAAAGGCGCAGACCUAUUGAUAGAAAAACUCAAAGAAAAGCUUUCAAAGUGAAUACAGUAGAAAAAGAGGAACAAAUCUAUCAAAUGUUUAGCUUUAAAUUGAAAUACUGUACUUAAUUUUAAAGUUGGUACCAUAAACUGGGGGAAAAAAUUAAACAGUAAUGAAAUUAUAAAACCACUUUAUUAUUUUUUUGUACUUCAAUGAGGAAAACAAUGUCUAAGUACUACCACAGAUUAAACAUACUCCCUUAUUAGAUUUUAUUAGAUCCUUAUGGAUCAACUAA